GGGCACUUAACGGUGGCGGCUGGUUCUGCGCCGGAUCUGGGAGAGGGGCGGGCGCCAUUGUGCUUCGCUGCGGACUGCUUUUCCUCAGUCACGGGCCUAGAUCUCCAAAGAGGAAGGCGGCGGUGCGUGUUGCUGCGAGUGGGACGCGCACUGGUCAGUGCCGGCUCAGGAGCCGGGGAAAAUCUUUAAGAAUGGAGUCUAAACCUUCAAGGAUUCCAAGAAGAAUUUCUGUUCAACCCUCCAGCUCCUUAAGUGCUAGGAUGAUGUCUGGAAGCAGAGGAAGUAGUUUAAAUGAUACCUAUCACUCAAGAGACUCUUCAUUUAGAUUGGAUUCUGAAUAUCAGUCUACGUCAGCAUCAGCAUCUGCGUCACCAUUUCAGUCUGCGUGGUAUAGUGAAUCUGAGAUAACUCAGGGGGCACGCUCAAGAUCACAGAACCAGCAACGGGAUCAUGAUUCAAAAAGACCUAAACUUUCCUGUACAAACUGUACUACCUCAGCUGGGAGAAAUGUUGGAAAUGGUUUAAACACGUUAUCAGAUUCAUCUUGGAGGCAUAGUCAAGUUCCUAGAUCUUCAUCAAUGGUACUUGGAUCAUUUGGAACAGACUUAAUGAGAGAGAGGAGAGAUUUGGAGAGAAGAACAGAUUCCUCUAUUAGUAAUCUUAUGGAUUAUAGUCACCGAAGUGGUGAUUUCACAACUUCAUCAUAUGUUCAAGACAGAGUUCCUUCAUAUUCACAAGGAGCAAGACCAAAAGAAAACUCAAUGAGCACUUUACAGUUGAAUACAUCAUCCACAAACCACCAAUUGCCUUCUGAACAUCAGACCAUACUAAGUUCUAGGGACUCCAGAAGUUCUUUAAGAUCAAAUUUUUCUUCAAGAGAAUCAGAAUCUUCCCGAAGCAAUACACAGCCUGGAUUUUCUUACAGUUCAAGUAGAGAUGAAGCCCCAAUCAUAAGCAAUUCAGAAAGGGUUGUUUCAUCUCAAAGACCAUUUCAAGAAUCUUCUGACAAUGAAGGUAGGCGGACAACGAGGAGAUUGCUGUCACGCAUAGCUUCUAGCAUGUCAUCUACUUUUUUUUCACGAAGAUCUAGUCAGGAUUCCUUGAAUACAAGAUCAUUGAGUUCUGAAAAUUCUUACGUUUCUCCAAGAAUCUUGACAGCUUCACAGUCCCGUAGUAAUGUACCAUCAACUUCUGAAGUUCCCGAUAAUAGGGCAUCUGAAGCUUCUCAGGGAUUUCGAUUUCUUAGGCGAAGAUGGGGUUUGUCAUCUCUUAGCCACAAUCAUAGCUCUGAGUCAGAUUCAGAAAAUUUUAACCAAGAAUCUGAAAGUAGAAAUACAGGACCAUGGUUAUCUUCCUCACUUAGAAAUAGAUGCACACCUUUGUUCUCUAGAAGGAGGCGAGAGGGAAGAGAUGAAUCUUCAAGGAUACCUACCUCUGAUACAUCAUCUAGAUCUCAUAUUUUUAGAAGAGAAUCAAAUGAAGUGGUUCACCUUGAAGCACAGAAUGAUCCUCUUGGAGCUGCUGCCAACAGACCACAAGCAUCUGCAGCAUCAAGCAGUGCCACAACAGGUGGCUCUACAUCAGAUUCGGCUCAAGGUGGAAGAAAUACAGGAAUAGCAGGGAUUCUUCCUGGUUCCUUAUUCCGGUUUGCAGUCCCCCCAGCACUUGGGAGUAAUCUGACCGACAAUGUCAUGAUCACAGUAGAUAUUAUUCCUUCAGGUUGGAAUUCAGCUGAUGGUAAAAGUGAUAAAACUAAAAGUGCGCCUUCAAGAGAUCCAGAAAGAUUGCAGAAAAUAAAAGAGAGCCUCCUUUUAGAGGACUCAGAAGAAGAAGAAGGUGACUUAUGUAGAAUUUGUCAAAUGGCAGCUGCAUCAUCAUCUAAUUUGCUGAUAGAGCCAUGCAAGUGCACAGGAAGUUUGCAGUAUGUCCACCAAGACUGUAUGAAAAAGUGGUUACAGGCCAAAAUUAACUCUGGUUCUUCAUUAGAAGCUGUAACCACCUGUGAACUAUGUAAAGAGAAGUUGGAGCUUAACCUGGAGGAUUUUGAUAUUCAUGAACUACAUAGAGCUCAUGCAAAUGAACAAGCUGAGUAUGAGUUUAUCAGCUCUGGUCUCUACCUAGUGGUGUUAUUGCACUUGUGCGAACAAAGCUUUUCUGAUAUGAUGGGAAAUACAAAUGAACCAAGCACACGUGUCCGAUUUAUUAACCUUGCAAGAACUCUUCAGGCACAUAUGGAAGAUCUCGAAAGUAGGUGGAAUUUCCCCUCCCCAGACUUGUUGAAUUUACUUUUGCAAAUUAAACCCAAAGCAAAACCUAAGUAUAUACUCUGUUCUGCCAAAUUAGAGCUCAUUUAUAGGCUUAAUAAUACCAAAAUGAUUGAUUUGGGAAAUAUGGGUUGGGAAACUGACAUUAGUUUUUUUUUUUUUUUAAAGCAUAUUUUAAGGUAUGGAAGCAUGUAAUUUUAACUGCAUUUUACUUUUUUUUUUUUCCAAAGAGAAAUUUAUUGUUGAUCACCUUGAUUUCAGGAUUUAUAAUAAAAAAGGCAUAAAUCUUAACUACUAAUCAAACCACAUUUCUUAAUCUGUUAGGAUUUUGUUUUGUUUCGUUUUUGGUAAGAAAUUUUACCUGUUACUCAGCUUUGUUAGAUCAUAAGAGAUUAUUCCUGGGCUUACAUAUGAUUACAGGAAAAUAUGGGACAAGGAGUCCUAAUUCUGAAUCCAUAUCAGAAGCCAUAAAGGGCUUUGUUUUGUGGGUUUUUUGUUGUUGGUGGUGGUGGUAGUUUUUUUUGGCUUUUUGUAGGUCCUCAUGGACCUUUAAUAGGUAGCCAGCUCUGCCAACAGCUCAAAUCUCUUAAGAUCACAUUCCAGCAUCAGGAUUUCUGGCUGGGAUUAUAAGUGAAGGCACUUAAUUCUCAAAUCUCUACAGGCAUCUGUACAACCUACCCUCUUCUUAAUGUCCUGUAACUUCCAGUGUGCUUCAUACCAUGUGGGCACAGGUAUUGGUGGCUCUGGAAUAGUUUCUAGAAAUUGAAGAUUACCCCACCCAACCCCUACAUAUUUUACUUUUUCACCCUUUGUUGCCCAUUCCAAAGCACUACCCGAAGUGUCUUUUUAAAAUAUGUAUUCUUCAGUUGAAUACUUCUAUACUCAUCUUCAAACUAUUUGGAGUGUUAUCUAUAGUGUGCAUAACAUUUUUACUUUUAGAGAAAGCUCAGCAUCCUUUGAAGUAAGGUUUAAAAAGGACUUAGUCCUCAUAGGAACUUUUUAAUUCUAGGUAAUCUAAAACAUAGAUUUUUGUCAUUAAGUCUGUACUACUUUCAAGUUUUUAAAGGUUUUGAGAUGAAACCAGGUAACAUAUUUUCACAGUUUUAAUUAGGAUAUAUGAAAAGAAAGGAGUCAGUGCGAAUUCACUUGGUAUAAAAUUUUUUCCCUUUAUACCUUCUUUCAGAUCCCUUAGGUUGGCCUAAUACAAAGGUCUCUUCGUUUUUUUAAAUUACAAUUUAUACUUUGUCCAACGUCAUGAUAGUAAUUUGUUUCAGUGUAUGUUUCCCCCAGAUUUCUCCAUUUUAAAAAACUAACAUUCUCAUUUAAAAUUUAGUUUCUUAAACAUAGUAUUGUCUGCUCCUAACGUGGGAAGAAAAAGAUGGAGGUGAAAUAUGUCCAUACUCAAAUAAGCAUGAAAGACAAGGGUGCUGCAAGUUAACCCCUAAAUAUCAGAGUAUUAGUACAUUCUGAAAUGGGUUCUGACUAAAUUAUCCUCUCCUGUGGAGUGGAGUUAAAUGGAAAAACACAAGAAGUUCCUUAAUAAGCUGUAAUUUUUUAGUUUGGUAUUUCUCAGUGAUAGAGCAUAAAACUUAACAGUAGAGUUUAUAUCAGUCAUGACUUAGUUAUAUGCUUGUGUCAUUUAUUAAAUGGAUUUAAAUCUAUUAGUGUUGCAUAGUUUUUCUGUGCUUUGCCCUAGGUUGAUUCCAUUUGUUGGAUGCUCUUAAUUUGUCCAAUGUAAAUAUAAAAAGAGAGGGCAUUAAACCUUUUUGCCCUUGAUAAUGGUGGAAAGAUGCUGGUUAGAUGUUUAUUUUAGUGAGCUUGCAUUUUCUUUCACAUGCAAAGCAGUUCAUAGAAUUCAUAGUUUUAUACUUACUAUGUCUUUCCUAAAGACACCCAGGAUGUUUAACUCUUGAGCCACUAGUGACUCUUGAAUAAAUUGAGGUCAGAAAUGUGCAAAAGUGAUAAGUUUCUGACAGUGUGGAGACGGGAAUAAUCUCAACAGUAGGUUUUUAGUGAAUCCAAUUAUUUUAAUUUAGGCUGUGUCUAUAUGAAGCUUUUUUGACUUACUAAAUGAACUUUUAUCUUGGCAUUGUAUAGACAUAGCUUUGAUGUAAAUUGCAAGAACACCCAUAACCUCUUACUCUGUGUACAUUUCUUUUCAUUCUCAUCGGAUGCACCAAACAUGCAGCGAUAAUAAGCCAGAUUCUACUCAGGUGUGUGAGAGCACUUGCCUUAAGUUGACUUUUUUCCUAGUGUUUAUAUAUCAUUAGCUACUAUGAACACAGACUGAUCUCAGAAACAUUUUAGAAGAUGCUCUUGAACCACAUUUUUAAGCAUUUUCAUUUUUAUAAAAAUUGAUACAACGUUACAAAAAGAUGUGGGGGCGGGGGGGAUUGUGGUUGGGCAUCACCCACAGUCAGACCACCCUAACCCUGUCAUACAACUUAUCAUUUUGAUCAAACAAUAUACUAAAUUGGGAUUUUUGUUUUUACAAGUCAUUGCUGUUCUGGCUUCAUAUUUACACUUCCCAUUCUUAUCCCCCUUAAAAUCAUUCUUGAUCAUCCUGUUUUCUUUCAACAGCUUCAGAGGAUGAUUCCGAAGAAGAUGGAGACCAUAACAGGACAUUUGAUAUUGCCUAACUUCAUAUAAGACAGAUGGAUGAUCUGUGAACACAAGUGUUUAUUAAAAAUGGCAAUUAAAUAUAAAUUACUUUUGUGGGGGAAUGCCUAAUACAUUGACUAUAUAUAAAAUGAAUAUAUACAUACACAUGUAUGCCUGUAUAUAUAUAUUCAUUCUCAAGUGUUGCUGAAUUAAAAUUCUGCUGGACUUUUUAACAUAGCAAAUCUGAUGUUUAUAAACUGGUAAUCAAAAAGGUUUUUUUCUUUUAGGUGAGUGGGAAAGUAUUACCCUUGUUUUAAAUAUCUAAGCAAUGCCUAUCAACCCUUUUUUUGUGUUCUGAUUACUGUAGUCAUAUUUAUGAAAAAAGGUUUGUGUUUUACUCUUGCUAGUGAGAAAAGUGGGACAAAAUAUACUUUUGAAAUAAAAUGCUAUAUGGCACCUAAUUUUUUUUUCUUUUAAAAUGCCUUAAGUUGCAGUCUCAUUUUGAUAAUCAUUUGCUUCCAGUGUUUAAAAAUUAAAAAAAGGUAGAAGGUUAUAAGAAGAGCAUUAUAUUAAGUUUCCAAAUUUAAUUUGAAUUCCAAAUUCACUUAGCAAUAAAAUCUAAUUUUUAAAAAGUAUAUAAAUAUAAAAUGUAUAAAUGAUGGAUAGAUUUUUGUAUUGAUUUGCAAAAUGCAGAUUAUAUUUGAUAGGCUAUAGUAUGUAGAUAUUCCUUUUAGGAAUAUUACAGCUGUAAAUCAUAUGAGACUUGCCAGUCAAAUGCUAUUUGGUUUAAAAAAAUUAUUGCAAUCUCAAGUUAAUGGAAUAUUUUUAAAUCCCACAUUCAGAGUUUAAAACACUGGUUUUCAAUGUGUUUUUUAGUGUUGUCACUUCUUUAUAGAUAAAUAUAUAAAUAACCUGUUUGGAUCCUGGUCCUUUUUAACUGUUCCUUGGUAAUUCUGAGCAUUUAUUUGAUGACUUAAUAUUUUUCACUACCUUUGGAGAACAGAUGAACAUUAUUCACCACGAAUGGAUCUAUACUGUGGUCAUGAGUUGUGUGUACUUCCAUAACACUGUAUUUUUCUUCUGUCAAUACCCUUAGGAUACACUUUAAAACACCUUAAGGUCUGAUGUUAUGGCAACAAACUACUUUUUCAAACCUAAAUAGGAACCAUGUAAUUUCUCAAAAGUGAAUGAACAAUUUGCCCACACUUAGUUUGUUGGUCUUAUGUAAAACAUUGGCUCGAAAUAAAGUGCACACUGAUUUA